AGUGUAUUCACUGUUCACCGUGUUAUAUACAUGUUAGAUAGCAGACAGAUGCAGAACAACAGCGGCCAAUAUACAUACCGAUUGCUCCUUCUCGUACAACAACUUCCCGUAUACACAAAUACGCACACCGCAUUGACAUAAUAUUUACGCAGUUAUACACAGAAAUGACCGCCCAAGCAACACACCCUGCGCUGCAGUUUAACAUCAAAGCCAAGUGUUCCACUACUAAGGCCAGAUGUGCAGAUCUGGUCCUACCCCAUUCGGUGGUAGAAACGCCUGUGUUUAUGCCCGUGGGAACACAGGGGACUAUGAAGGGCAUUACAUUUAAACAGUUGGAGGAAUUGGGCUGCCAAAUAUGCCUGGCAAAUACAUAUCAUCUUGGACAUCGGCCUGGACCUGAACUGCUAGAAGAAGUCGGCGGGCUGCACAACUUCAUGAAAUGGCCUCGGUCACUUCUUACUGACAGCGGCGGUUUCCAAAUGGUGUCUCUUCUGUCACUCGCUGAGAUCACAGAAGUCGGGGUGAAAUUCCAGUCGCCACAUGAUGGGUCGUCGCUGAUGUUGACGCCCGAGAAAAGUAUCGAACUUCAGAACACCAUCGGAUCAGAUAUCAUGAUGCAGCUGGAUGAUGUGGUACACGUGCUUACCACCGGGCCAAGGGUGGAGGAGGCUAUGUACAGAUCCAUCCGAUGGCUGGACAGAUGUAUAUCCGCACACAAAAAUCCAACAACGCAGAAUUUAUAUGCUAUUAUCCAAGGUGCUCUGGAUCUGGAUCUGCGCACUAAGUGUAUAGACGAGAUGGUGAAGCGUGAUCUGCCUGGGUACGCCAUCGGCGGACUGAGUGGAGGCGAGGAGAAGGAUGCUUUCUGCAAGGUUGUCAGUCACUGCACUGACCUCCUGCCGGAUGGCAGGCCAAGAUAUUGCAUGGGCGUGGGGUAUGCCGUCGAUUUGGUGGUUUGUGUAGCGCUUGGCGUAGACCAGUUCGAUUGCGUAUACCCCACACGAACGGCGCGCUUCGGUACGGCGUUGGUGAAGAGCGGCACCAUGUCCUUAAAGCAAAGAGUAUAUGAGAACGACCUGCGGCCGAUAGAUGAAGACUGCCCCUGCAGUACUUGCAAGAACUACACACGCUCCUACCUACAUCAGAUUGUGACGAAAGAGACCGUCGCUUGCCAUCUAGUGACGAUACACAACAUUGCGUACCAACUGACUCUUAUGAAGACACUCCGCGAAAGUAUAAUGGAAGACAGAUUCCCGGGCUUCGUGCGUAAUUUUUUUGCGGACAUGUAUCCGGACGGCAAAUACCCUGCGUGGUGUAUAGAAGCACUGCAAAGCGUUAACCUGGAUUUAACGCAACAACCGCAAUAGUUGUUACCACAAAUAAAAAAUAGAUCAAUAAAUACACUACAUAUCAUAUGGUUAUUUCAACCAAGAAUUUGAAUCGUAUGAACCUUAUGUCUUCUUAUGUAUAUAUCUU